UACCACAUGACUGUAUACCACGUCGCUACGCCCCGCACACACACACGCACAUGCAGUUCAGUGCUGAAGUUACGGAGCAGCAGUGCACAGGCGGAGUAAAGGGUCAUAACGUUUGUGUGCGUCAUUGAACAUAAACCACACACCAAAUAUUCUUUAGAUAUUCAGCCUAUACAUCCUCCUGCAAGUUUGUAUGUUGCCUGCUGAAUCUCCAAGGAAAGCCUUUCAUCUGCAACCGGCGUAUUCCUUGCUCCUCAUCUCUGAAGUGGCCGCAAGUGGUGUUCUGGCCGACACACCUGACAUGAACCAAAUAUAACUCCAGAACUAGCCCUGACACACACUGAGAUGAGGCUGAUCUAUUGCUGCACUGCUUUGCUGCUGCUCAUCCUUCUGCCCACAACCUGUCAAAGUGGCAACAUCUUGGUCUUUCCUGUCGAAGGCAGUCACUGGAUAAAUAUGGAUAUUCUCCUUCAAGCUCUGCACUCCAGAGGACACAAUCUAACUAUCAUUCGUGGCGACAAAAGCUGGUACAUCAAGGAAAACUCCACUUAUUACAGUGCCUACACAGUCUCAGUAGAUAAUAACAUAAAUAAGGAGUUCAUCCUUAGAGUGGUUUCUGAGAUCAUAGACUUUGAACGAGGAGCUCAUCCCUUGAUGAGUUUUCUUGGUUCAACUGUGGGCAUGUUAGGCACAUUUUUGGAAGGUCAUGAAGGUGUGCGUAAAUUAGUAACAACGAUGCUUGAUGACAAAGAGUUGAUGAGGAAGCUGAAUGACACCAAGUUUGACCUGGUCCUCAGUGACCCCUGGUGGGGAGGUGGACCCAUUUUGGCCAAAUAUUUGAACCUUCCUUUGGUUUAUAAUGCUCGCUGGCUGUUUGGUGGUGAAGGUCAUUUUGCCAUUGCUCCGUCACCCACAUCCUAUGUUCCGUUAACAGGAUCUGUCUGCACUGAUAAGAUGACCUUUUUUCAGAGAGUUAAAAACAUGAUUGUACAUAUAUUAACCCAAACACAAAAACAUCUGGUCAAUCAGAUAUAUCAGAAAAUAUGUGACAAAUAUCUUGGACCCAAUAAUGAUUUUAACCAGUUAUUGAUUGAUGCAGACAUUUGGCUGAUGAGAGUGGACUUUGUGUUUGAAUUCCCUCGUCCCACAAUGCCUAAUGUUGUGUACAUGGGAGGAUUCCAGUGUAAACCUGCAAAACCUCUGCCUCAACAUUUAGAGGAGUUUGUGCAGAGUUCUGGAGAGCAUGGAGUCAUCAUCAUGUCUCUGGGGACUUUUGUGAAUGAACUACCUGCUGACAUGGCAAAUGAGAUCGCUGCAGCUUUUGCUAAACUUCCUCAGAAAGUCAUCUGGAGGUAUAAAGGCCGCAGACCAGACACUCUGGGCAACAACACUUUGAUAGUGGACUGGAUGCCUCAGAAUGACCUUCUCGGACAUCCUAAAGUAAAAGUGUUUGUGGCUCAUGGAGGAACAAACGGAGUCCAAGAAGCUAUUUAUCAUGGAGUCCCAGUUGUGGGUCUCCCAGUGUUUUUUGACCAAUAUGACAACCUGCUUCGACUAGAAGACAGAGGAGCAGCUAAGAUUCUUACAUUAUCUACAGUGGACAAGGACAACAACUUCCUAAAAGCUAUCCAAGAGGUCCUGAAUGAACCCUCCUACAGGAUGAACAUGCAGAGACUGUCCAGGUUGCACAGAGAUCAGCCAAUAACACCGAUGGAUAACGCCCUUUUCUGGAUCGAGUUUGUCAUGAGACACAAAGGUGCAGCUCACCUGAAACCAGCAUCACUCAGAAUGUCCUGGUAUUCCUACCACUCUGUAGACGUAGCUCUGUUCCUGGGUGGAGCUGUGCUGCUCAUGCUUCUAUCUACUUUCUUCUUUAUUAGGUGUUUGUGUAAUGCAAUGUGUAAAUCUAAAGUGAAACGUGAGUAAUGAAUGAAAAGAUAUAUGGUACGUUCUGUACAACAGAUGUAUUUUGAAAAUAAAAUCCCUGGAUCAAUUUUUCCAGAGAUGACAAGAUUUGAGAGUUGAUGCAACAUAUCUACAGUCACUAAGCAAUGUCAUGAUUUAUAUAAAAAUAUUUUACAAGUUGUCUCUCCAGAAAGAUCCCAGGCCCAGGCCGGGAUGUGAACUGGGGAUGUUCUAGCUAUGGGGCAACAGUGCAACCACGGAUUCACUGUGCAUCGAAUAUUCUAGUAAAUUAUUUGGAUGAACUAAAUGGAUGCACUGGCCAUCUUCAUAACCAACACUGCACAAAUAAAACAACUGGACUUAAUGUUAAGGUAGGAAUUGCAUAUCCUGCUGUGGAUAUUAAUAAGUCCUGUGCAGUUCUGUGUGUUUGUGUUUACAUCAGGUGCAGCAUCUUCAUUUUGAGAAGUCAAUAUAAUAAAGGAGGUCAUUGUAAUCAGUUCUACAUCGGUCUGUGAAGUGUACCGUUUUUGAUUCUUUCUGCAAUUUUUUUCAAACUAAUUUUUGUAAAACAUUUCAGAAGAUGACAUUCGACAAUAAUGUAACAAGGAAUUGUCAGCUGUAAAAACAACAAUAAAUCUGAACUGCUUCUUUA